AUGCGUAGAUGGCUGCCGCUGCAUCGUCGCCAUUUGCACUUCAAUCCGUCUUUUCGACGCGUAUUCAGUACCAAUAAUGCCAUUGACAGCGUAGAUAUCCCCUGUGGCUCCUCUGGUCACGUCACUGUCGACUUGCACAAUCUUAGCAAUCUACACUACGAUGAGCCUAUUCUGAUUCACUUUCCUCCGCUUCCGGCUCAUGCCGGUUCGUCGUUCAAGUUGCCAGACUUCCUCAAGGGACUUCCCGUCGCCAGCAUCCGGUAUCGAUGGGACGGCCUCUCAGGUUCGCUCCCGUCAAUGCUGGAUCGUGACCGGCCGUCUCCGGCGCCGUGGCCAACGCCUGUUCACGAUGCCUCCUUUGCCUACUCCUGGCUAAGCGAGAAUUUUGCGCCGGAAAAUUGUGCCCGUCGCGGCGUCUACGUCUAUGGCUCUUUUCUCGGUGCCAGCCUCGCGACAUCACUGGCCCUGACCGAAGCGCAUCCCCAUGCCCGAUUUGCCGUCCGCGGCUUCAUGGCCUACAACGGCAUAUAUAACUGGACCAUGUUUCUCCCUGAUCACCGCAUCAAUCGCCCGACGGCACGUGCCGGCAAAAGCAUCAUGCCGCCGCAGCCUCGGGAAGGCUCACAUAUGCACUUUUUGCAGGAGCAGAUGCCUGGUCUUUUCGGCAAGCCUGCCCAUCUGUUCGACGCAUUUGCCAGCCCGAGCCUCAUGUUUCACUCGCCGGGUCUCCUUAUCCCGCAGUCUUUUACCAUGACAGUCGCCGAGGCUGCGGCAAUUGACGCCAUGGUCGGCAAGGAGGCGGACCCAGCUUUCGAGGUUAAGACGCCACGAAAGUCGCGUCUCGUUUUUCCGCCGCGCAAGUCCACUCUCAAAAUUCCCGAGGCAUUGCUCAUGUAUGACUCGGACCCGAUUCCGCUGACUGCAUCCGGGAAGCCAUCGAAGCGCAAGCCCAGAACCAGCGGCAACAGUUUCCAGGCACAAGCAGCUGAGCUUGCGGAGCUCAUGCGUCGCAGCGUCGAGCUUGUUGAACUCAAAGAGCGAGGGAAGUGGGAUGACGAUAUUGAGGAUAUGGCUUAUGAGGCGAGCAGACGCGUGCAAAUGUUCGACAUUGGCCAAGGCUCACCAAGCUAUGAGAUGAGUGCUGCUGGCCAGGAGGCUGCGUUGACGUGGCUCGGGAAGGAGACUUAG